CUCAGUUGGAUCGCGACACCCUUCAUCGACGGGUCGAACGCGAUAGGAAUUUUCCUCUUUAUCACCUGCCUUGUGAUACUGAUGUGUGCGCGAAAAUUCAACUGCUAAUUAAAGUGUUCACAGCAUUUUUUCUUUUUUUUUUAAUUUUAUACCGUAUAUAAAAAAAAAUGCACAUAUAAAAGUUAGAGAUAACAUUAUUAUUAUAAAACAUGUUUAUAUAUACCCAUGUAUAUGUUUAAUCAGUGUUCAUAUUCUUUUUGAUAUUUUUCUAUACAUACAAUAUACAUACAAGUUGAAAAUAAAGUUGCAAUACAUUUUUUAAUUGUUUUUAGGAGAAACCUCAGUCUCGCGAUUCUGCUUCUGCGUCAAUAAAUGCACGAAAAAAAAAAAAAACUGAAAACAUAAUCGCGAAUAUGAUUUCAAGAAAAAACGAAAGGACAUUUUUUUCAAAAACUUAGAACGCGAAUAUUCGAGGCAAAAUUUUGAAGAUAUCUUGCUGCGGUCAGUCGCGCGCAUGUCGAGAGCUCGAAACUUUUGUAAUCGUUGUCACGAUACGUGCGUGAGUUUCCACGAUUGGUGGCACUAACUACCCAAGGUCAUCGUGGUGGUGGCGAGAGCAAGGUCAUCAGUGUCGCGAAAUUACGAGGAGGAGGAGGAUGUGGAGGAAGAAGAACGUGAUCCUGAUCACGUUGAUAGUCGUCGCCACGCUGAUCUUCUUGAUCGUAGACGUGACCGCUUCGGGAAGUUGUAGCUCCGCGAAGCUUUGCUGUCAAGGCAGGGAUUCCGGCUGCGUCAUACAAAAGGAGUCGCUGAAUGCAAUUAUCGAGACCCCGCACGAUAAACCGUGUUAUUGCGACCACGCUUGUCUGAAGCUUGCCGACUGCUGCGACGACUUUAAGGAAACUUGCGGUGUUGUGGACUGCGCGGUGAGCGAAUGGAGCCCGUGGAGCCCGUGCGAUAACGGAUGCGGAAGUGGCACUCAAAGACGCAUCCGGGUGAUCGAGAUCUCGGAGAAGAAUGGCGGAAAGCACUGUCCCCAUCUGGAUCAGGUCAGAACGUGCCACAGUUUUCAGAGUUGCCACGCCGGAAUUCGUUCGUCGCAGCCGCACGCUAAAAGUGUGACGUUUCUUACGCUUUUUCCGGGAGACGGCAACGGUACGGACGUAAGGAUCAAGGAUGGGAUCGUCGAUAAAAGCAGCUGUAUCGCAUUCACCAUUGUGCGGGCUUCGCGGGCUUGCAGUAAGAUUUCGGAUUUUCUCGUAGAAGGUUCGCGAAUCUGCGUGGAGCAUCCCGAUGACGAGAGUAUGGACAGAUACGUGGGAAUCGGCAGGUGGAAACUGUCGAUUGACAUCGUGGGCAACGGCCGAUCGGCGCGUUCGGCUUGUCACGGCAAGUGGAUCGGCGAUCCGCGACUCACGCUCGACUGCCGCGAUCCGCGAUGCACGCAAUCGAGUCAGACGACUCCGUACACCUCGCAGCUAUUUCGCGAUCGGAGUCGCAGAAGCACAGAAAGCAGAAGGACCAGGCGACGAAAGAAAAGUAAAAGAAGACACGCCGCUGCAGAAUGAUAAACGUUUCCCGGAAGCUUGUCGUAGCUCCCGCGAGUGCCAUCCCUUUUAAGAUCGCUACUUUUUCCUCUUUCAUCCUUUCUUUAUCUUCUUUAUCUUUAGCUUCUCUCUCUCUCUCUUUCU